GAGGAACCGGUGAGAAGAGCCUGGCUCGAACUUACUGCCAAUAUCUCCAGCCGACAAACACAGAUUCUGUCCGGGGCUUGAGCUUCCAUCUUGCGGUCUCUCGACCACUGUAAAUCCAAGGGGAAAUCUCGGGCUUCCUUGCCCAUACUGACGCGCCAUGUUAUCAGGGAGCUUGGACCCCAACUCCAAUGGAUUUAACUGCCAGGCCACCGGACUCUUUACAUCGGGGUCCAUGUUCCCCUGGGGAGGAAGUCCCACCGACGUCACCGUCACCAUGGCGGCCACAACAAAAACAGCAGGAAGAGAUCCAAAGAGAGGGAAUCUGGGGUGGACGGCGAUGGCAGAGAAUCACCCUCCCACACAGACACUCCUGCCCAGAGGGUGCAGUUCCUGCUGGGGACAGAGGAUGGUGAUGAGGAGCACAUAUCUCACGCCCUCUUCACUGAGCUGGAUGAGAUCUGCCUGAGAGAGGGCGAGGACGCAGAGUGGAAGGAGACCGCCAGGUGGCUGAAGUUUGAGGAGGACGUGGAGGAUGGAGGCGAGCGUUGGAGCAAGCCCUACGUAGCCACCCUGUCUCUUCAUAGCCUGUUUGAACUGAGGAGCUGCAUCCUCAACGGCACCGUGCUGCUGGACAUGAGAGCCAACUCACUGGAGGAGAUCGCCGAUAUGGUCCUGGACCAGCAUGAGGUGUCGGGCGCGGUGGGGGAGGACGUGAGGAGGAGGAUCCGGGAGGCGCUCCUGAAGCAGCACCACCACCAGAACCACAAGAAGCUGGCCAACCGCAUCCCCAUCGUACGCUCCUUCGCCGACAUCGGCAAGAAGCAUUCCGAGCCCCACUCCAUGGACAAGAACGGUCAGACAGUCUCUCCCCAGUCCCAGCCAGCCACCACAGAGGGCAAGGAACAUGUCAGUCGGGAGAACAGCCAUGUGGACUUCAGCAAGAUUGACCUCCACUUCAUGAAGAAGAUUCCCCCCGGUGCAGAGGCAUCCAACGUCCUGGUGGGGGAGCUAGAGUUCCUGGAGCAGCCCGUGGUGGCCUUUGUCCGUCUGUGUCCCGCCGUGCUGCUCAACGGCCUGGCUGAGGUCCCCAUCACCACCAGGUUCCUGUUCAUUCUGCUGGGGCCUCUGGGAAAAGGACCACAGUACCAUGAGAUUGGCCGAUCCAUCGCAACUCUGAUGACAGACGAGGUGUUCCAUGACGUGGCGUAUAAAGCCAAGGACAGGAACGACCUGGUGGCCGGCAUCGAUGAGUUCCUGGACCAGGUGACUGUGUUGCCACCUGGGGAGUGGGACCCCUCCAUCAGGAUAGAGCCGCCCAAAAACGUGCCCUCUCAGGAAAAGCGCAAGGUCCCUCCUUUACUCAACGGAGAUCUGGGAGAAGCAGAGGAACCUGGUGGCCAUGGAGGCCCAGAGCUACAGCGCACAGGAAGGUUCUUUGGAGGGUUCUUCAUGGACAUCAAGCGCAAGGCGCCCCACUACCURUCUGACUACACGGACGCUUUGAGCCUGCAGUGUCUGGCCUCCUUCCUUUUCCUCUACUGUGCCUGCAUGUCUCCUGUCAUCACCUUCGGAGGACUGCUGGGGGAAGCCACCGAGGGACGCAUAAGUGCAAUUGAGUCGCUGUUCGGAGCCUCCAUGACGGGGAUAGCCUACUCCCUGUUCGCUGGGCAGCCUCUCACCAUCCUAGGCAGCACAGGCCCUGUUCUAGUCUUUGAGAAGAUUCUCUUCAAAUUCUGCAAGGACUAUGACCUGUCCUACCUCUCCCUGAGGGCCUGUAUCGGYCUGUGGACGGCGUUCCUCUGCCUGGUCCUGGUGGCUACAGACGCUAGCUCCCUGGUCUGUUACAUCACCCGCUUCACAGAGGAGGCCUUCGCYUCGCUCAUCUGCAUCAUCUUCAUCUACGAGGCCCUGGAGAAACUCAUCCACCUGGGGGAACACUACCCCAUCAACAUGAACAACAACCUGCAGAAACUCACCCAGUACUCGUGUGCGUGUGUGGAGCCAAAGGAUCCCAGCAACUCCACUCUGAGGUACUGGGAGGACAGGAACAUCACUGCAUCAGAGGUCAACUGGACCAGCAUGGAGGUCAAGGAGUGCUUUGUGUUCCGAGGGGAGUUUGAGGGCAGCGCCUGUGGCCCCCACGGACCCUACAUUCCUGACGUCCUCUUCUGGUCCGCGGUCCUCUUCUUCUCUACUGUCUUCAUGUCCGCUUUCCUCAAGGAGUUCAAGACCAGCCGCUACUUCCCCACCAAGGUGAGGGCCCAGAUCAGCGACUUUGCUGUUUUCAUCACCAUCCUCACCAUGGUCCUAGUGGACUAUGCCCUGGGAAUCCCCUCACCCAAACUGCAGGUCCCCAACAAGUUCAAGCCAACCAGAGACGACCGUGGUUGGAUAGUGAACCCAAUAGGACGCAACCCGUGGUGGACAACUAUAAUCGCGGUCCUCCCUGCGCUGCUCUGCACCAUCCUCAUCUUCAUGGACCAACAGAUCACUGCUGUUAUCAUCAACAGGAAGGAGCACAAACUGAAGAAGGGUUGUGGCUACCACCUGGACCUGUUUGUGGUGGGGGUGAUGCUGGGGGUGUGUUCUGUGAUGGGCCUGCCCUGGUUCGUGGCAGCCACCGUGCUCUCCAUCUCCCACGUCAACAGCCUGAAGCUGGAGUCAGAGUGCUCGGCCCCCGGGGAACAGCCCAAGUUCCUGGGGAUCAGAGAGCAGCGCUUCACCGGUCUCAUGAUCUUCCUACUCAUGGGCUGCUCCGUCUUCAUGACCUCUGUCCUCAAGUUUAUCCCCAUGCCUGUACUAUAUGGAGUGUUCUUGUACAUGGGAGCGUCCUCGCUGAGAGGUAUCCAGUUCUUUGACCGUCUCAAGCUGUUUGGCAUGCCGGCCAAGCACCAGCCAGACUUCAUCUACCUGAGACACGUCCCCCUGAGGAAGGUCCACCUCUUCACCAUCAUCCAGCUCAGCUGCCUGGUCCUGCUGUGGGUCAUCAAGACCUCAAAUUAUGCCAUCGUCUUCCCCAUGAUGGUGUUGGCUCUGGUGUUCAUCCGUAAGCUUCUGGACUUCAUGUUCACCAAGAAGGAGCUGAGCUGGCUGGACGACCUGAUGCCUGAGUGGAAGAAGAAGAAACUAGAGGAAGGAGAAGAAGAAGAGGAGGAGCCCAGUAUUAUAGUGGAUGAGGAGGAGGGGAUAGUCACUUUGCCACUGGAAGGAAAUUACAAGAGCGAUCCCGCGACGGUGAACAUUUCCGACGAGAUGUCCAAAGGCUCCUUCGGGAACGUGUGGAAUAGUAUUAGUCCCAGUGACAGCUCCAAGAAGGAUCCAAGCUCCAAAAGCGGUUGCGAGAGAAGACAUAAGAGGAAGGACUCAAAGUUGGACAGGGAGACGAGUUUGUGAUCCAUACCGGCUUCGUCACCGUUCUGUGGAAAAUAAUUCCUGACGUGCCACACUCCACCACCUCUGAACUGUGCUGCACCAUGCGUUCUCGUCAUGUAAGACUGUGUGUGUGUGUGCAACUCAUGUAAAUCUUUUAGAAACAGUGUUACCCURUGGAGGAACCAACAAACAUUUACUGUGAUUAUUUUCUAUGUAUGUCAAUGUAUGGUGAUACCAGCAACAGAGGAAGCAAGGAAUUCAUAUUAUUAUGUGUAUCUACCCGUGGGCCAAUUUAUUACAGAUGUAGGAUCUUAAUUUGAGCAAGUUUUCUACAGCAGGAAAAUAAUCCUGAAGUAACAUGAAAUGUGUG